AUGAAGGCCACGGCUAGGAGAGGAGGGCCUCUGGGCGAAGAGGUGGAGCUUGUGGGGCGCGCCCUGGGAGUCAAGAGGCAGCAAGGAGCUGAGCCUGCGGCGAGGUGGCCUUCGAGUCCUCGAGCGCGGAGAGGGGCUUGCGGACCGCCAGGAGGUGGACGAGAACCCGCCCCCUCCGGAGCUCUGACACCCCGGCCGCGCAGGCUCUUCGCCAGCUACCCGCAAACCAAGACCUACUUUCCGCACUUCGACCUGCACGCGGGCUCGGCGCACCUGCGCGCGCACGGCUCCAAGGUGGUGGCCGCCUUGGGCGACGCGGUCAAGAACAUCGACAAUGUGGCGGGCGCGCUGGCCAAGCUCAGCGAGCUGCACGCCUACAUCCUUCGCGUGGACCCGGUCAACUUCAAGCUGCUGUCCCACUGUGUGCUGGUCACCGUGGCCUCGCACUUCCCGGCCGACUUCACCGCCGAGGCCCACGCCGCCUGGGACAAGUUCCUGUCCCUCGUGUCCAGCGUCCUGACCGAGAAGUACCGCUGACCCCCGGGGACAGGCUGAGACCCUUCUUUCCCGAACCCUCCCACAAUUCCUUCAGGGACUUCCCAAUAAAUGGAUGAAAAUGGA